UGUGUCAGACAGUCAUCUGAUCUUCCUUCACUGAGAAGCAUCAGGAGUUCAAGAUGAAACUUCCAAUUGUGUUUUUAGCAGUUCUUGGCCUGGCAUGUGGCAAGUCCUUGCCGACUCGUAACCUCAACGAUGACCUCAACGACUUCCUGGCACUUGUACCACUUGAUGAAGUUCUCGGCAUUGUUCUGGACUACCUUGCCAAUGACCAAGAAGUACAAGAACUUAUUCUUUACCUUCAGUCUGAGGAAUUCCACAAAAUUGUUAUAACAGUUGAAGAACUGGACGAGUUCAAACUACUUAUUAAAAUCCCUGAAGAACUCGGCAUUGAUGUCAAUUCAAUCAUCAAUUUGAUCCAUGAAAUCAUUGGCCUGCCUCCAUAUGCAGCAAGAAAGAACACUCGACGGGGUGUAGGACUCAACGGUCUCAUUGAUGAUUUGAUUGCAAUCCUUCCAAUCGAUGACCUGAAGGCCCUUUUUGAGAAGAAACAACAGACCAGCCCAGACUUCAAGGCUCUGAUUGAUGCCAUUCAGUCACCUGAAUUUAAGAGCAUUCUAGACAAGUUGGAAUCCCUUCCAGAGUUCCAGAAACUGCUGCAGAAUCUGCGAGACAAGGGAGUUGAUGUGGACCACAUCAUUGAGUUCUUGAAGGCCCUCUUUGGACUAUCUCGGCGGGGAACACGCAGCCUCAAAGAUGACCUGAAAGAUCUCCUGGACGUCAUACCACAUAAAGAAAUUGGUGUCAUUGUCUUGGACUAUGUUCUCCAUGACAGAGAAGUGAGCGACCUUGCUAUUCACGUCCAGUCCCCUGAAUUCCGGCAACUGGUUGAAGCAGUUGUAAACUCAGACGAGUUGAAAGACAUCAUCGCACACCUCAGAGACCAAGGCGUUGUAGUCAUCAGCCAAGUCAAUGAACUGCUUGGCUUUCCUGCACUCUCUCUGGGAGACAAGGCCACUCGAAGGGGUGAAGGAGUCAAGGGCCUUGUUGAUGAUGUGAUUAAAGUUCUUCCUGUUGAAAGGCUGAAGGAAAUUUUUAGAGAUAAAUUGCUCAACAGUGCUGAUUUCAGGAGGCUGAUUGAUGUCAUUCUAUCACCUGACUUUAAGGAACUUGUACGUAGACUGAAAGCCACAUCAGAGUUCAAGGAACUGGAAGAUGAUCUACGAAACAGGGGAGUUGAUCGGGAUUACAUCAUUCAACGCUUGAAAGAGGCCUUUGGACUAUCUCAGCGAGGAACCCGUAACCUCAACGAUGACCUCAAUGACUUCCUGGCACUUGUACCACUUGAUGAAGUUAUCGCCAUUGUUCUCGACUACCUUGCCAACGACCAAGAAGUACAAGAACUUAUUCUUUACCUUCAGUCUGAGGAAUUCCACAAAAUUGUUAUAACAGUUGAAGAACUGGACGAGUUCAAACUACUUAUUAAAAUCCCUGAAGAACUCGGCAUUGAUGUCAAUUCAAUCAUCAAUUUGAUCCAUGAAAUCAUUGGCCUGCCUCCAUAUGCAGCAAGAAAGAACACUCGACGGGGUGUAGGACUCAACGGUCUCAUUGAUGAUUUGAUUGCAAUCCUUCCAAUCGAUGACCUGAAGGCCCUUUUUGAGAAGAAACAACAGACCAGCCCAGACUUCAAGGCUCUGAUUGAUGCCAUUCAGUCACCUGAAUUUAAGAGCAUUCUAGACAAGUUGGAAUCCCUUCCAGAGUUCCAGAAACUGCUGCAGAAUCUGCGAGACAAGGGAGUUGAUGUGGACCACAUCAUUGAGCUCUUGAAGGCCCUCUUUGGACUAUCUCGGCGGGGAACACGCAGCCUCAAAGAUGACCUGAAAGAUCUCCUGGACGUCAUACCACAUAAAGAAAUUGGUGUCAUUGUCUUGGACUAUGUUCUCCAUGACAGAGAAGUGAGCGACCUUGCUAUUCACGUCCAGUCCCCUGAAUUCCGGCAACUGGUUGAAGCAGUUGUAAACUCAGACGAGUUGAAAGACAUCAUCGCACACCUCAGAGACCAAGGCGUUGUAGUCAUCAGCCAAGUCAAUGAACUGCUUGGCUUUCCUGCACUCUCUCUGGGAGACAAGGCCACUCGAAGGGGUGAAGGAGUCAAGGGCCUUGUUGAUGAUGUGAUUAAAGUUCUUCCUGUUGAAAGGCUGAAGGAAAUUUUUAGAGAUAAAUUGCUCAACAGUGCUGAUUUCAGGAGGCUGAUUGAUGUCAUUCUAUCACCUGACUUUAAGGAACUUGUACGUAGACUGAAAGCCACAUCAGAGUUCAAGGAACUGGAAGAUGAUCUACGAAACAGGGGAGUUGAUCGGGAUUACAUCAUUCAACGCUUGAAAGAGGCCUUUGGACUAUCUCAGCGAGGAACCCGUAACCUCAACGAUGACCUCAAUGACUUCCUGGCACUUGUACCACUUGAUGAAGUUAUCGCCAUUGUUCUCGACUACCUUGCCAACGACCAAGAAGUACAAGAACUUAUUCUUUACCUUCAGUCUGAGGAAUUCCACAAAAUUGUUAUAACAGUUGAAGAACUGGACGAGUUCAAACUACUUAUUAAAAUCCCUGAAGAACUCGGCAUUGAUGUCAAUUCAAUCAUCAAUUUGAUCCAUGAAAUCAUUGGCCUGCCUCCAUAUGCAGCAAGAAAGAACACUCGACGGGGUGUAGGACUCAACGGUCUCAUUGAUGAUUUGAUUGCAAUCCUUCCAAUCGAUGACCUGAAGGCCCUUUUUGAGAAGAAACAACAGACCAGCCCAGACUUCAAGGCUCUGAUUGAUGCCAUUCAGUCACCUGAAUUUAAGAGCAUUCUAGACAAGUUGGAAUCCCUUCCAGAGUUCCAGAAACUGCUGCAGAAUCUGCGAGACAAGGGAGUUGAUGUGGACCACAUCAUUGAGCUCUUGAAGGCCCUCUUUGGACUAUCUCGCCAUUAGCAAAAGACUGCAUGACUCUUGACAACAAAUUAAAAUAUUAAUUUGAUUUCUUAUCUGUGAGACAACAUGGCAAUGUAUAUGUAAAACAAGAUAAUAGCUGUUUCUUUUUUAUGUGUUAAUAAAAUGCAUACAAUUAUAAAUAAAAAUCGAUGACUUAUCUCAAUCUUGAA